GCCGAGCGCACAAAACCCAGUGCGCCUCCCUCAGCUGCACCACUCUGCCCGGACCUUAGAAAACAGCCUGAGCUGCUUCUUGUGACAGUCGCAAAGACAACAUGGACGUCCACAGAGUAUCUAACCACAAUCAAAUGGAUUAUAACUUGGACAACAUGGAGCCCAAACACGGGAAAAUGUUGCCCUGCCAAGAGGACCGUUUUGACAGCGGCCUGGAUUCCCUGAAGGAGGACGAGCUGGUGAACGACUUUGAGGACAUGACUGUGAACAUAAGCGAGGAUGUCCCACCGGAAUACGAGCCUUGGAGAAGUGCAGUGACUGAAGAUGGUGACACGCUUCUCCACUUGGCCAUCAUUCAUGAAGCCACAGAACAUGCCCUCCAGAUGAUCAAACUGUCUCACAAUCACCCCUUCCUCAACGAACAGAACCACCAGAGACAGACUGCCCUCCACCUGGCAGUGAUCACAGAACAGCCCCAGUUGGUUGAGAGGCUCCUGAAGGCUGGCUGUGACCCGCUGCUGUCCGACGACAGCGGGAACACGGCUCUCCACAUCGCCUGCAAGAGGGGCUCCCUCGCCUGCUUCAGCGUCAUUACCCAGAACUGCCACCGCCACUUCACCUCCAUCGUGUCCUUCCCCAACUACAGUGGACAAAACUGUCUCCACUUGGCGUCCAUAAACGGCUACAUUUCAUUGGUUGAAAACCUCGUCCAGCUGGGUGCAGACAUCAACGCACAGGAACAGUGCAGUGGACGGACGUCACUCCAUCUAGCCGUGGAUCUCCAGAACCCCACAUUGGUCCGUUGCCUCCUCAACCUCGGCGCCGACGUUAACUGCUUUAACUAUGGCGGCUUCACGGCGUACCACCUCACCUACGGACGCCAGAACGAAGAGAUCCGCCGCCAGCUGUACGAGAAGACGGCGCAGGAGCUGAGGGAGCUGCCUGACAGCGAAUCAGAUGAGAGCGAUAUGGAGGAUGGGGACCUAUCGGAAGAUGAGCUGUACGAUGACAUAAAGUUCGGAAAGUAAACAGAACCAUCCCUCUGCUGGUGGUGAGAACGACAGUGAAGCUGCUACUGGGUUGCCCAGCCACGGCCCCACAACGUGGGACACAUCAGUCCACGUCCCCCGUCCAGGUCCAAGUCCACAGGCGGUGGUCCUGCGACCACAAACAUGAAUGAAGACGGUGUCCAGUCUGGUCAUGUCCGGUCCAGAUCACAGAAUGAUCUGCACCAAAAAACCAUAAUAAAGCAAGACCACGACCUCCAUAUAGUCCUUCUACAUACUGUAUAAAUAUAUAUUGAUGUGUAUAUACCAGACAAGACAUGUAAUAUAUUGUAAAUACAGAGAUAUUAUUUUUUUACCUCUACAUAAUUUGUGUGAAACGAAAAAUUGUUCAGAAUAAACGUUUAAAAGUUUAUGAAUAUGAA